CAUGGGUUAGGCUUUUAUUCCUUAAAAUACACCUUCCAAUCUUGAAAGUGAAUUCAGUAAAUCAUUAAAAAAUGUGUUUACACCACAAUAUAUAUUUUUAAAUUUGUUCCAUGUAUCAAUUAUGCUAUAUGAGCUACGACAUGAGGUCAGAAACGAAGAUAGAAAUGUAGCAUUUUAACUUUGGGCACAAAUAAUGUCGAAAUGGUAGCUUAGCCUGGUAGUUUUGUCCACCACAGCUAACUUUUACCCCAUUCUCCCAUAGAAGUUUGCCAAAAAUGUUAAGGUCAGAUGGAAAUAUUACUGUCUCUUCUACGGCAACUCUUAUAUGGAAAUAUGCACUAUAUGUGAUCAUUUGUGGGUGAAAAUAACAAAUAACCUUCCUAAAUAUGUUCCAGUUAUUAGAAAGCAGUUGAGAAUCCCGCAGCCCAUCCGUGCCUCUCCUUGUCGCCCCUCUGUGGCGCUCUCUGCUGCACAGAUCCAGUCUCCUGUCCAGUGUUCCCUCCUCCUCCUCCUCGCUGCGGCUGCCAUGGCUGCGGAGGCUUCCGGUCGGAAAGAUGCGACCAUCACCGGCCCAGCAGACUCCACCGAGUUGCGGGAGCAGCUGAUGACAGAGGGAAACAUGAAAAAAGACCUGGAAGCGUCUCUGCCUGCCGCACAGGACAGCUUUGCAAUCCGGUGCCGAGAUGUAUGCCGGUCGUACGGAAAGCUUAAGGUCCUAACCAACCUUAACCUGACCGUACCACAGGGACAGAUUUAUGGCCUUUUGGGUCCCAGCGGAUGUGGAAAAACGACACUUUUAAAAUGUAUUGUGGGAACACUGAAAAUAUCAAGAGGACACAUCACUGUGUUGGGGAAGCCGCCUGCAUUUCCUGGACAUGAGGUCCCAGGGAAGAUGGUUGGAUACAUGCCACAGGACCUGGCGCUGUACAACGAGUUCACCAUUAGCGACACCUUGACUUUCUUUGGACGAAUCCAUGGCCUGACAUCGAAGGAAACCCAAGUGCGCAUGAACUUCCUUAUUGAUUUCCUGAAUCUACCUCAGAAAAACAGCCUAGUCCGAAAUCUCAGCGGGGGUCAGAGGCGGAGAGUGUCUCUCGGAGCUGCCUUGCUGCAGAAUCCUGAGCUGCUCAUCUUGGAUGAACCGACGGUUGGAGUGGACCCCGUGCUUAGAGCCAAGAUCUGGCAACAUCUGGUAGAGAUUGUGAAGACGGGGAAAGUCUCUGUCAUCAUUACUACGCACUAUAUAGAGGAGGCCAGGCAAGCCAACAUGGUUGGUCUGAUGAGAAACGGUCAUUUACUGGCAGAAGGUCCUCCAGAUGCAGUCAUGAAGCAGCACAGUGCAACAACCCUGGAGCAUGCCUUCUUGCAGUUGUGCGAGUCGUCGGACCAGAACUCCACGCAGGAAUCCAGCUCAGAGAGCGAAACCCUAGAGAAGAGCCAAAUGUUCGCGAAUGGCCGGGACGAGAGUCAGCCAAUCCUCGCGGUUGGGCCUCCACCUGUGGAAGACGUUCCUAAAUGUACAGCGGACUGGAAGGUGCGGGCCAGACACAUCCUGCCGAAGGGGAGAAACAUCAGAGCGCUGUUCAUCAAAACAAUGGUGCGGAUGAAGAGAAUGCCAGGCUCGUUGUGUUUCCAGUUCCUGCUGCCGGUCAUCCAGAUCUCGCUCAUCUGUCUGUGCGUUGGCGGAGAUCCGAAGGGGAUCAAGGUUGCUGUGGUGAACAACGACAGCUACCCCCCGUCCAGCUCGUUCAGCCAGUCGCUGCUCACCUUCCUGGACAACUCCAGCGUGAUUCAGGUUCCCCUGCCCCACAAGGAGGCGUUCGAAGGGGUCCAUAAAGGGGAGUACUGGGGCGUCAUCGGCUUCGGACAGAACUUCACCAAUUACUUGACUAAACGAAUUCUGCAGCGGCAGGUUUCCAAGGAAGUGAUCGACGGAGGAUCGGUGCACGUCUGGCUGGACCUGACCAAUCGACAGAUCGGCCUCAUGCUACAGAAGCAGCUGCACCAGGCGUUUCAGGCCUUUGUGGAUUAUAAAAUGGGCGCUUUGGCGUACCUGGCUGCUCUACCGAUAAAAUUUGAAGAGCCGAUCUACGGAAGCCUGGACAUGGAUUUUACCACCUAUGUGACUCCAGGAGCUGUCCUGAGCAUCUCCUUCUACCUGGCUGUGGGUCUGACAGCGCUCUCCUUCGUCCUGGAGAGGAAAGAGGGGCUUCUGGACAGGUGCUGGGUCGCAGGUGUGAGCUCCAUGGAGACGAUGCUGGCUCACCUCUUCUCCCAGCUCUUCGUCAUCAGCGUUCAGAUCAUCCUGAUGCUGCUCUUCGUCCUGCUCGUCUUCAAGAUGCCGAACGAAGGCUCCCUGUUUCUGGUCAUAUGUCUGAUCGUGCUGCAGGGCGUCACGGGAAUCUCCUUCGGCCUCGUCAUCUCGGCGGGGAUCGACGAUGAGCAGAGCGCUAAUCAGGCCGCCCUGGGCAUCUUCUACCCUAACCUCAUCCUGAGCGGUAUCAUCUGGCCUGUGGAGUGCAUCCCGUAUCCUCUCCGCUACCUCAGCCUGGCUCUUCCUCAGACCUACGCUUCCGAAUCCCUUCGCUGCAUCAUGUACAGAGGCUGGGGUAUGUCCGAGAUGAUGGUGUGGCGAGGUUUUGCCGUCACCCUGGGCUGGAACACGUUCUUCCUGAUCCUGGCCACCGUUAUCCUAAAGCUGAGAACGUGACAUCCUCCGUCCCCUCGGAAGACACCAUCCUGAGCGGAGGUGGAUCAGGAGCCGACAACAAUCCUUGGACCUCCCAUCUGUAGAGGAGGCAAAGCAGAAGAAAUAAAGAGGAAAAGGGGGAGAAGAGAGGAAGGGAUCUCCCCCCUACUGGUCGUCUCUCUGACACACACUAAUACACACACGCUGUCUGAUCCUGCACCAGUUGGUUUGGUCUGUUCAAAGUCUAAAUUCAAGAUGCUGCAAGUAGAAAAAACAAAGUAGCAGCAGUCGAUGUUCGUUCGCAUUUCUACGUGCGUUUUCUCGAAAACCUUCAUCCUGUGAACAGCCACGAACCAACUCAGGGUCACUUUUUGUUUCUUCUUUUAUUUUGUUUUUGCCUUUUGACUUAAUGCCGAGAGAUUUUUCUGUUUUACACUUUAGAAUAAAUGAAGGCUGUAUUGUCUGUUUUUUGAUAUAAAAAGAGAAAACGUAUAAAUAUGUUGACUGUAACAGAUGGCUAUUUGAGGUUCAUGCCGUCUGUGCUACAAUGAAGAUAAGACGGGCACUGGAGAAAAUGAAGGAAACUUUAAAGAGGAGGAGCACAAAAAUGAGAGAAACGUCUCUUUUCCAAGCAGGAAAUUGAGAUUAUUGCACAAUGAAAUGUGAAUGUAGAAGGAAGUAAAAAAGUGAUGAUUGCUUCUUAUUUCCUCAGCCGUGAAGGCUUCUUCCCACAGCGUCUCCGUUUCUCUCACUGCUUGCUUGGUGUGUUUACGUUGAGCCCGCCGUUCCCGUCUGAUUACGAAAGGAAGCGGUAACUGUUUGGUCUCGCUGCGUAACCAGGUGCUCAAAGCGUCAUUCUUCUUCAGCUUUGGUCGAUGGUGUUCCUUAUAACUUUGUGCCUGUAUCUCCUAAUGGAGGGAAAAUGUUAGUGAUGGUGAAUUAAUUUUUUUAUCUUUUUUCUGUCCUGCGACCUGAUGUUUUUCAUGAACUCUCUACUUUGCCGGACAGAGUGGGGGCUGUUCUCGAGCUGUCAGCAUCCAUGCUUCUUUUUUUUGUCACAUAAAAAAGGAAAA